AAAAAAUGUGCACAAGAGGGGUUGUUACAGGGUGAAAAGGAGUUCCCAAUUGAAAUAAGGUUGUUGUCAAGGUUACAUCAUCGGAACCUUGUUUCUUUGCUUGGUUAUUGCGAUGAAGAAGGUGAAGAGGUGUUGGUGUAUGAGUAUAUGGCCAAUGGCGCCCUGCAGGAUCAUCUAUCAGGUUGCCGAUUUUGGACUUUCAAGACUUGCUUCGGUUCCAGAUAUUGAAGGGGCAGCACCUGCUCAUGUAUCCACUGUUGUAAAGGGGACACCUGGUUACCUUGAUCCAGAGUGCUUCUUAACACAUAAGUUGACAAACAAGAGUGAUGUAUAUAGCCUUGAUGUCGUGUUUCUAGAGCUUUUGACAGGGAUGCAGCCAAUCACCCAUGGCAAAAACCUUUUUCGAGAGGUUAAUAUUGCACAUCAAUCUGGAAUGAUAUUCUCGGUUAUUGAUGGAAGAAUGGGUUCUUAUCCCUCUGAAUGCGUGGAGAAGUUCAUAAAUUUGGCCAUUAAAUGUUGCCAAGACGAAACAGAUUCAAGACAUUCAAUGGCAGAGGUGGUCCGAACACUGGAAGCCAUAAGGCUGAUGAUGCCGGAGUCUGAGACCUUUCUGGCAGAAUCCAUUGAAACUGAUCCAGAAAAGAUAUCUAGUACUCCACCUUCGUCAUCUUCUGUGGUGAAGAAUCCUUACACAUCCUCAGAUAUUUCUGGUAAGUGACCUUAUUAGUGGAGUGAUUCCCACCAUCACGCCUAGAUGAGAUGAGACGAGAGACCUGCUCCUGCUGUUGCUUCUUCUGCUCUGAAUCACUUAUUGGUUUUCUAAUUUCUGUAAUACAUUUUAUAUAUGUAG